GGCCGCACUCCUUAUCAGUUCCCAGAGAGACGAAUACAGUAUACAGACAGGGAGAGAGACGAGGGAGGGAUAAAUCAUGGACAGAGACUGGGGCUCGAAACCGGGCAGCGGUGGCGCCGCCUCGGCCCAGAAUGAGGCUAUUGACCGACGCGAGCGUCUUCGUCGGCUCGCACUUGAGACCAUCGAUCUUGCUAAGGAUCCCUAUUUUAUGCGCAACCACCUUGGGAGCUAUGAGUGUAAGCUGUGUCUGACUUUACACAACAAUGAAGGGAACUAUUUGGCUCACACUCAAGGGAAGCGACAUCAGACCAAUUUGGCCAAGAGAGCUGCUCGUGAGGCCAAGGAGGCUCCCGCUCUCCCCCAGCCCAACAAGCGCAAAGUUAACAUUCGCAAAACAGUCAAAAUUGGGAGGCCCGGGUAUCGGGUUACAAAGCAAUUUGAUCCAGAGACAAAGCAGCGAUCUCUUCUCUUCCAGAUUGAAUAUCCUGAGAUAGAAGACAAUACAAAGCCGAGACACCGAUUUAUGUCAUCUUUUGAGCAGAAAGUACAGCCGUAUGACAAGAGAUACCAAUAUCUUUUAUUUGCUGCUGAACCUUAUGAGAUCAUUGCUUUCAAGGUUCCGAGCACUGAAAUUGAUAAGUCCACUCCAAAGUUCUUCUCACAUUGGGAUCCUGACUCAAAGAUGUUUACGUUGCAGUUAUAUUUCAAAACCAAGCCUCCAGAGGCAAACAAACCUCAAUCUGCGCCUGCAGCAAAUGGCACAGGAGCUCCUGGUGUCCCACCGAGGUCUUUGCCACCACCUCCCCAAGCUCCACCUCCUCCACCACCUCCAUCACAAGGACUACCAGCAGGAUCUAGACCACCUCCGCCACCAAUGCCUGGAUCAUUACCCCCUCCUCCACCUCCCAUGACAAAUGGUCCUAGGCCUAUGCCUCCAGGGGGAACUCCACCUGCUCCACCACCUCCGCCUGGUGGCAGUGGAACAAUGGCAAAUUUCACUCCCGGUGCUCAGGUGGGUAGGCCUCCAAUGCCUCCACCAAGCUUUUCUAGCCAGCAGAUGUAGGACCAGGCUGAAGAUGUUUGGCAGUGGGAUAGGUCAUAUAGCCCUUCUGAGUGUUUGCAAGAAUGUUGUUCUAGUGUCUGAGAACAUCCUGCGGAUGGAUGAUAAUCUGUGAUAAAUUUAAAAGAUUUAGUUUUAUUAUUUAAAAUUUAAUAUUUAAAAUUUUGAAUAUAAA